CUCUCCAGAAUCACCGAACACAACGCAACGAAAGCAAACGCUCUCCGCUCAAUUCGCACACCAUGUUUGCGACGCGGUCUCUGCGGAUGUUCCGUCCCACGGUUCGCAUGAUGCGGCCGGUACCGAAGGAGGAGCAGGCUGCGCACACAGUCUCGCAGCGUCUGCGGCGCCUGAGGCAUAUCCCGCCCGAGUUGAUUCCGCUUGGCGUCGUCGUCACGUUUGGCGUCUCCGCUGCCAUCUACUCGAGCAGCCGCCACCUGAUGGUCGACAAGAACCUCCGCCUCAAGAGGCAAAACCGCGCGGCGGAUGCCCACCAGGAUCAUCAGUCCUCGGAGGAGCACCACUAGAGGAGGGGAGGCGCAUGUGAAGGGUGGUUGAAGUGUGUGCUUUGAACUUAGAUCGUCGGACACUUGUACAUUGAAGGGCAGCUCGAGCUGGUUGGAAGGAAUGUCGGCAUGGUUACCUGCAAGGUGGUUGCAGCGCUUGCCUCGGACGUGUCAAUCAAACGUGCAUUUCCUUGCUAAUUUAGAAAAAAACUGU